AUGGACGGAACACAUUGUGAAAAAUGGUUCAGCGAGAAGCUGCUCCCAAAGCUUGCCCCCAACAGCGUAAUCGUCAUGGAUAAUGCACCCUAUCAAUCGGUGCAGAUUGAAAAAGUUCCGCUGAUGUCGACACGAAAAAGGGAUAUUCAGGACUGGCUUUCGAGAAAGGGUGUUGCGUGGAGCAAUGAAAUGGUAAAGGCCGAGCUACUGCAGCUUGUUGUAACAGUAAAAAUUCAGGGCAACCAGUACCGUGUUGGUCAGAUGGCUUUCAUGGCUGGCCACACAGUUUUACGCUUGCCCCCUUAUCACUGCCAGCUCAACCCAAUCGAACUGGUUUGGAGUAUGGUGAAGGGGUAUGUGGCUGACAAAAACAAGACGUUCCAGUUUGCCGACCUUGAACCGUUGGUCUUGGGGGGCUUCGCUGAAGUAACACCUUAG